CUGGCCCCGCCCUUGGCAAGAUGGCGGUGCCCAAGUGCGCUGCGCGUGGUUUCGGAGUCUUGAGUUCGAGCUGGCGUCCCGGGAAGCUGAUCGCUGUCGGCUCCAAGCCAUUUUUCUCCACCGCUACUGCCUCUAGGCCCCUGAAUGCCCAGCAAUUGGCGGAGAAGCUCCGAGCUCAGAAACAGGAAUCAAAGACUAAGAAACUGCCGGUGCCUACAAGCCCGGUUCAGCGGAGGGUGCAAGAACUGGUGCGAUUCACACAGCAGCUGCAGCGAGUUCAUCCCAACGUGCUUGCUAAGGCGCUGAGCCGUGGGAUUCUCUAUCAGGACAAGGACCUUGUGGUCAUCAAUAAGCCCUAUGGUCUUCCUGUCCAUGGUGGCCCUGGAGUCAAGCUCUGCAUCAGUGAUAUACUGCCCACCUUGGCAAAGAUGCUUCAUGGCCACAAAGCAGAGCCCUUGCAUCUGUGCCACCGGCUGGACAAGGAAACCACAGGUGUAAUGGUAUUGGCUUGGGAGAAGGAAGUGGCACACCAGGUCCAGGAGUUGUUUAGAACCCGCCAGGUGACAAAGAAAUACUGGGCUGUCACUGUGCGUGUCCCCGUGCCCUCUGCAGGAGUUGUGGAUAUCCCCAUCAUCGAGAAGGAGGUACAAGGCCAUCAGCAACAUUACAAGAUGACGCUGUCCCCAAGCUACCGUAUGGACAGUGGGAAAAUGGUGAAGGUUCGGGCCAACCGAGAUGCUCAUGUUGCUGUAACUCAGUACCGGGUACUUAGUAGCACUGUGUCCUCUGCCCUCCUGGAGCUGCAACCUGUUACAGGUAUAAAACAUCAGCUUCGAGUACACUUGUCUUUUGGAUUAGAUUGUCCAAUCCUUGGUGAUCACAAGUACUCAGACUGGAAUAAGCUGGCCCCCCAGAAGCUUUCUGCUGGCACCCUGAAGAAGCUGGGGCUGCAGCAAUCAAAAGCCCGCUACAUCCCCCUUCACCUGCAUGCCCAGCAGCUCACCCUGCCUGCUCUGGGCUCCAGAAAGGAGGAACUCCUCUUGGUCUGCAAGCUUCCUCAGUUCUUUGUACAUUCUCUGCGCCGUCUGGGUUUAGAGAUACCGAAUCAGGAUCAAAGCAGAGACGAUGAAGCCAACAAGCAUGUGGAACAGUGAAGACUAUUGGGCAUUUGGCUCCAAUGCCACUCACUUAGUUACAUGGAUUCUCCUAACUCCUCACUUGGAACUGACUGCUGAAGAGCCAGGUAGGAUGAGCUGGAGAAUCAUGACCACUAAGGGCUUUGAAUGGAGAAUGAAACAAUGAAAGUCUUACUUACUGGCAGUUUGGCUGUAAUGUGGAAAAGUCUGCUGGAAGUCUCUCCACCAUAGGUCUCUUUGCCAAGAUGGAAGAGAGCCCAGGAUCAGCAGAUUGGGCCAGUAAUUGGAAAAGGAGAACUAAAGGACCGAGUCUCUAGCCAGGAACUGUUUCAUCCAACAGGAAAGUCUGUGUGAUAUCAGGAAUGUCCCAUUGGUCAGAAAGAACGUGGUUAUGGGGCUGGAGAGAUGACUUAACAUUUAAGAGCACUGGCUGCUCUUACAGAGGACCCAGGUUCUGUUCCCAGUAUCCAUGUGGAGGCUAACAACCAUUCAUAACUCCAGUUCCAGGAGUUCCAACAGCCUCUCUGAUCUCUGUGGGUACUGUACAGUAUGGGUACACUUACAUACAUGCAAGCAAAACACUCUUACACAUAGAAUAAAAAUAAAUACAUUAAACAUGGUUAGGAGGGAUAAGCAGGAGUACAUGGUGGGUGGAUGACAGAAGCGAGUGAAGCUGGCAGGGUGUAAAGCAGUGGCAGGGACAGCAAGGAGCACACACACCGUCUAACAAUUGUUAGCUUUGGUUGUUGCCUUGUGGAGACAGAUUUUCUAAUUUUUUUUUUUUUUACAACAUCAGGAAAUCCAGAUAUGUCUGUGAAAUGUUGUCAGCUAAAUCAAAAACUUAAAAGACUUAAAGCACCAGGGGAGAUGGUUCAGCCAGUAAAACAGUUUCUGUGCAAGCAUGAGCACUGGCUCGGUCACCAGCAUCCUGGUGAAGUCCUGGCAAGACAGAGACAGGGAUCUCUGGGAUUUGCUGGCCAGCCAGUUGAACCAUUGAGCUCCAGGUUCAAUGAGACACACUAUCUCAAAAAAUAAGGUAGAGAACAAUUCAAGAAGACCAUGUCAUUGUCUGGCCUCCUCACCCACAUGCACUUGGUUACUCAAGAGUGUGUGCGCGCACACACAGACACUUAGGCAGCUGUAGGUUGGUCUGUAGGUUACUGGUUUACAACCUGUUUAAUGAGUGAUAUAGACACUUAGGGGAGAAACAAUAUCUUGAAAGCUCUCUGGAUCAGUGGUUGAAUUUCUACUGCCUGUAGUACUUGCCUUUUACAGACUAGGGGUGGCUUUGGUUAAUUCAUGAACAUAUGGUUGUAAGGGUGCUGCCAUUUAAGAAGUCUUUUGUUUGGAGACAGUCUUCUGUUCUUGUUUCUCAGUAAGGAGAGGGCCCUGCUGAGUACCUGGGUGGAAAUUUUGCUGGCCACCUUUCUCAGUUGAUACAUCCAGCUCUUAUCUUGGUUUUUGUAAACAAUCUUUUAUAUAAAUACAACUGAUAGUUUGGGUUGAGUUGAAGAAAGUUGAAAUGACAGCACAGUAAGGGGAAGAGUAUCAGGACUGUCUUUCUAUGUUCCCUCUGUGUAAGUAGCUCCUUCCUACCUAUGCUUAAGUUCCAUGGUUUUUGCCUGUUUAACUGCAGUAUGGAAAGAUGAGUGGAAAAUUCUAGAAAUAAACAAUUCAUAAGUUUUAUGUUAUACUCCA